AAAACCUGGGUUUAUAGGUGUGAACGCGAGAUGUAACAAGUUGUGUUAAAAGACGAUUGCGUAAUAAGUUUCCUUAGCUCUUUUAUUAUACUAAAAAUCAGAGAGGAACGUUCACAGCGAAUAGAAUGCCUUAAAUUAAAUCAUAACAUUAGAAGCGGAUAUGGAUGGUUUGCAAAAGUAAACUUGCGAUGAUGAGGCUGCUAGCUCCUCUGUCUGAGAAAAAAGCCAGAUAAAACGACGCAGACUAUGCUUUUGACAGUAUAAUUUUUUAUGUUUAAUUGUUAUGCUUCAUUCAGUUUAGCGUAUAGCUUUCUACCCUCCAAAUUCUUCAACAUACUAACGCAUAUGAAAUAGUUUUUCUUGAAAGAAUGUUAUAUGACAAGAGUUUUCAUUCUCGGUAUGUAAUGAAUGCUAGUAGCGUCGGCGAUUUUUAAGUUGCUAUCGAUAAUUUUCGUCCUUUAUAAGGACUACAAUAAUAUCCACUACAUUCAUAGGCAACAAGUAAAGCAAUUUGUGAUAAUACACAUUCCACUUACCCAUUUUUACCUGAAGAAUACCGAGCAUAAAUCAAGCCUGUAGUUACACCUUUAACCAAGAAAUGAACUUCUUGUAGACCGUUGGAAAAAGCAGUAAAGGGUGCGUCCGUCACUCUGUGUUUGAAUACGUUUAGCAUCAAUGAAUCCAUCUGCUGUCAUUUGGCAUGAAAACUUAACCAUUUGAAAAACCCUUUCUAACUGGGUGAACAGCAAAUUUUUGAUUGGCAGAACAAAAGUUCUUGAAUUCUAAUGGAAUUUAAACGCAAAAGUACUGAAUUCAAUAUGGGAGCUAGGGAAAAAG